GAGCCGGGAGUUUCGCAGAAGGGGGAAAGAGAGCGAGGCAGCGCGCGCGGUGCUGCGCGGCGGCGCGAGGCCGGGGCAGAGCGCGCGCGGCACCGAGCGCACGAGCCCAGCCGCGCCCCCCCCCCCCCUCCCCCUCCCUUCCCCCCCGCUCCCAGCCCGGUCCGGCCGCCGGGGCUGCGGGCGGUCGCCCCCCCCGGUCGCCCCCGCCCCCGGCAGCGCGGCGGAGAGCUCGGCUGGCAGCGGGGGCAAGGUGCGGCGGUGGGGAGGGGGCGGCGGCGGCGGCGGCGGCGGCGGAGCGGCGGCUUUGUUGGGCUCGGAGGGGAGCGCGGCGGCGGGAAGGAGCCGUCGCUUCGGGCGAGAGCCCCCCCACCGCCAUGGUGCAGCAAGCGGAAAGUACGGAGGCGGAGAGCAACCUGCCCCGGGAGGCGAUGGACACCGAAGAGGGCGAGUUCAUGGCUUGCAGCCCGGUGGCGUUGGACGAGAGCGACCCGGACUGGUGCAAAACGGCGUCGGGGCACAUCAAGCGGCCGAUGAACGCCUUCAUGGUGUGGUCCAAGAUCGAGCGGAGAAAAAUCAUGGAGCAGUCGCCGGACAUGCACAACGCGGAGAUCUCCAAGCGCCUGGGCAAGCGGUGGAAAAUGCUGAAGGACAGCGAGAAGAUCCCCUUCAUCCGGGAGGCGGAGAGGCUGCGGCUCAAGCACAUGGCCGAUUACCCCGACUACAAAUACCGGCCCAGGAAAAAGCCCAAAAUGGACCCGUCGGCCAAGCCCAACGCCAGCCAAAGUCCGGAGAAAAACGCACCCACCAGCAGCGGCGGCGGCAGCAAAAGCGCCAAGAGCUCCAGCAAGAAGUGUAGCAAGCUGAAAGCCGCCGCCGCCUCCUCGCCCCCCAAGCCGGGCGCCAAAGCCGCCCACCACGGGGACUACGCGGGGGACGAGUACGUCUUCGGCACCCUGAAAGUCAGCAGCAAGACGGUCAAGUGCGUCUUCAUGGACGAGGAGGAGGACGAAGAGGAGGACGAGGACGAGCUGCAGCUGCGGAUCAAGCAGGAGGCGGAGGAGGAGGAGGAGGACGAGGAGCCGGGCCCGCAGCAGCUGCGGCGGUACAACGUGGCCAAAGUGCCGGCGAGUCCCACCUUGAGCUCCUCGGCGGAGUCCACCGAGGGGGCGAGCCUCUACGAGGAGGUGCGGGGCGGCUCGGCGGCGGCGGGCGGCGGCAGCAGACUCUACUACAGCUUCAAGAACAUCACCAAGCAGGGCCCGCCGCCGCCGCAGCAGCCCGCCGGCCUCUCCCCGGCCUCUUCCCGCUCCAUCUCCACCUCGUCGGCCGGCAGCGAGGAGGCGGACGACCUGCUCUUCGACCUCAGCCUCAACUUCUCCCAGCACGGCCACGCCGCCGCCGAGCUGGGGGCGGGCGCCGCCGCCGGCAACCUCUCCCUCUCGCUGGUGGACAAGGACCUGGACUCCUUCAGCGAGGGCAGCCUGGGCUCCCACUUCGAGUUCCCCGACUACUGCACCCCGGAGCUGAGCGAGAUGAUCGCGGGCGACUGGCUGGAGGCGAAUUUCUCCGACCUGGUGUUCACGUACUGAGCCGGGGGCGGCGGCGGAGCGGCGGCGAGGCAG